AGACGGCGGCAGUGCGAGAAAGCCGAAGAUGGCGGUCCCGGCGGCGCUGAUCCUACGGGAGAGCCCCAGGUAGCUGAUCCAUUGAGCUCUUGCGGUAGCCGCGCCCAGGAAGGCGCAGAUCGGGCUCGCACAAGGCUGUCCUUGCUGCCUGCCGCCUGGGCGCCGCGGCGGGCCCGGUUGGGUGGGGUGGGCUGCCGAGGUCGCGACGCUGCGUCUGCGGAGUGCGUGGGGCAGUGUAGCGCCUCUACAAUCACGGUGGUCCACCUGUGGGGCUCACAGUGCGCCUGGCAGCUGAGUUCUCUACGGAAGCGUGUGGUCUGCAAGCGUGGGGUCUGCGUCACUGUUCGCGGAGUUUGGUAUCAGAAGUUCCCGGGUGCUGCCUUCAGUGCUGCCGAAUCACGUGGAACGCAUGAAGAAAGCAGUGUCACUGAUAAAUGCAAUAGAUACAGGAAGAUUUCCACGGUUGCUCACUCGGAUUCUUCAAAAACUUCACCUGAAGGCUGAGAGCAGUUUCAGUGAAGAAGAGGAAGAAAAACUUCAAGCGGCAUUUUCUCUAGAGAAACAAGAUCUUCACCUAAUUCUUGAAACAAUAUCAUUUAUUUUAGAACAGGCAGUGUAUCACAAUGUGAAGCCAGCAGCUUUGCAGCAGCAAUUAGAGAACAUUCAUCUUAGACAAGACAAAGCUGAAGCAUUUGUCAAUACGUGGUCUUCUAUGGGUCAAGAAACAGUUGAAAAGUUCCGGCAGAGAAUUCUGGCUCCCUAUAAGCUAGAGACGGUUGGAUGGCAGCUUAACCUUCAGAUGGCUCACUCUGCUCAAGCAAAACUAAAAUCUCCUCAAGCUGUGUUACAACUCGGAGUGAACAAUGAAGAUUCAAAGAGCCUGGAGAAAGUUCUUGUGGAAUUCAGUCACAAGGAGUUGUUUGAUUUCUAUAACAAGCUAGAGACUAUACAAGCACAGCUGGAUUCCCUUACAUGAUGUUUUCGAAGACUGUUUUUUUCAUCACGCUCCUGCCAUCUCAUUAUUUUGCAUUGAAGAUACAUUGCCAGGUUGUGUUUUCUGAAGGAUUCAGUGACUUGCUUUCUGUAAAUUAUAUGGCUUAUCACUUCUUAGACAAAUAACGACCAAUAGAGAUCAUUGUUAAGAAUACUGAGGUUCUAAUAUACUUUCUUUAGUUCUGUGAGCCAACGGUAAUUAUUAAAAACACUUUCCCUUUAAAGGAAACAAAAGUGAAUACCAUAUUGUUUUUACUGUCAUAGUGUUGCUUUCUUGCCUUUCCUGCUUAGUUUUUACUUGCUGGAUGAUACCAUAAUAUAACAAGGAGCAUCCAUGGAUACAAGAUAAGAUGUGUACCUUAGUAGAAUACAGAGCUUUGGUAAUUACAUGAAUAAAAUUAAGAAAAUAGCCAUAUACAAUCAAAUACACUAUGGCAUUUUUAUUUGAAUAUGAUGAGUAUAUUUUGCUUCGGAAAUAAUAUAGGAAGGAAAUGUAAAAUAGUGAGUAGUAUGGUAUCAGUUAAUUCCAGUCUGAGCUUCUCUGUCAACUUCAGUUUCUCUCUCAGUUUAAUGAUUUAAUAAUAGUCCAGGUUUUUGUGUGUUUUUCUUUAUACUGCAAAUUAAUAAUGAUUCACUUUAUAGUUUGGGAGACAGAAUCAGGUCUUGAAUAAAAUAAUUGUAAUGAGUGCUAAAUGGGCACCAUUAUUCGAAUCAGAUACCUUUUAUAUUCUCUUUCCAUAAAUAUGUUGAUUUCUGUCAAUAAAAUUUUUGUGUCUUAGGA